AUGAAAUAUGAAUAUAAACUAGCUUCUGAAUACUUUGAAUCUGCAAUUUAAUUUCAUCUAGAAAUCAUUGGAAUAAGUUAUGAAAAUUUGAUUAAUUAAAAAAUCAUAAAUCCAAAUAACAAAAGAUCAGAAAACCAGUUACUAAUUCUGUCUAAGAAAAUAGUUUCUAAGGCAUAUUGUUUGAAAGAAUAGGCUUUUUCUUUAAUCUAUUAGGAUUUUGACCAUAUGAAUGAAGUAAAAGUAUAACAUACGCAGCAUUAACAAAUAUAAGAAAGUUAAGCUUUAUUAAAAAAAUCUUUGAAUACGUUUUAGAUUGUUUAUAAUUUAGUAUUGAACAACGAGAAGAGUUUUUCAGAUAUAUUUAAAAUUUUCUUAAUACAAGAAAUUAUAGAAACCCUAAUUAACAUAAAAUAAAAUAAAAUUACUUAAAAUGAAUUAAAAGGUUUGGUUUAACUUUUAGAUAUUUCUAAAAAUCUGUUAAAAAAAACUGACUUAUCUUUCUUUUAAAUAAUUUCACAAAGAAUUUCAAUUGAUUAAUAUACUGUGUAGACAAACAAAAGCUAAAUUAAUGAAGACAAAUUUGAUGCUAAAGGAUAAAUUAAUUAAAUUCAAAAAAGUAGAUAACAUUUUUUAUAAGGGCUAUUAGAAUAAAACCAAAAUAAUCUGUAAAAUGCUGCUGAGUAAUUUACUUGCUGCUUAGAAGAAGGUAUAAAUUAUAAUAGAACGGUAAGAAAGAAAGCAAUUUAUCAUUUAAAUUAUUUAUUUUCAAAACUUCCUUAAUAUAAAAUUGAAGAUUUAAAAUCUAUUUUGAAUGAAGACUCAAAUUAAUCAUUAGACUUAGUUAUAAUAAUUGAAUUAGAAUAUUAAAUUUAAAGCUCAACUGUUGAGUAGUGUCUUAAAAACAUAAAAUAAUCUAACUUGAUAAACAGUAAUGAUAGAGUGAUUAUUUUAAUAUUCCACACAGAAUUAGAUGUAUUCAUGCCAUUCGCUAGUGUCAGCACUGAAGCUAAUUGGGAUUUAAUUAUUAAUUCUGUACAAAACAUCUAAAGAAUUUUUAUACAAAACCAGAAUUAUUCUAAGCAGCAACUUCACUGGAGCUAAGCUCUUAUUAAAUCUUUUGAAUAUAUUUACCAAUAAAACAGCUAAGAUUAACUAUAUUUUGAUUAAAUUUAUAAGUAAUACAAUUUGAUUCAAUAAAAUAAUAAUAAAAAAAGUAAUUGUUUUAUUUUCGAAUGA